CAUUUUCAAGUCCUUCUUGGCACAAUUGUACACAAGCCGAAAAGAUGCGAGGUUGGAAAAUGUGGGGCCACGAAUAGUGAUGGACUGUCGCUUCACAAGUUUCCUAAGGAAGAAAAAUUUCGUGUACUGUGGACGAAGUUCGUUCAGACUACCCGACGUGACUUAACUUGUCCUUCAUCGUUUAGCGUUGUCUGUACUUUGCAUUUCAGGCUGGACAGUUAUGAAGCAAAUCCAGUUGCCGAUUCUCUUGGCUUUGGAACAAGGCAAACAAAGUUGAACAGGAAUGCAGUUCCUACAAUUAAGAAAGGACUGGAUAAAGGCUGCUCCGUGACAAAAUUGCAAGACGUUGCGCCUCGCCAAGCAGCAAAAAAACUUGACCAUGCCAGGGUUAUCACAAUGGCAUGUGCAGAAUCAACCUGCACUAACACAGUUGAUGAACCAUCGGUGGGAGUUGAGAGGAGAUUCGUGAAAACCCAAGCAAUAAUUAAAGGGAGAAGUCAAGGUAUCCAGAUAUUUCCCAAAAUGACAUCCAGAGGUAUCCAGUGCAACUUGUUGCAGCCAUGCACAUCCACACCACUGAAUAGUGACAAUGAUAGUGACAUUGAAGAGCUCCCCAUGGAUGAAUUAUCAUACAAUCCUUGGGACAGUACCAUGGAAACCUCUGACGAUGAGGAUAGUUAUAUUGAUGACCCAAGGACGUUUUUCAGACACCAGCAAGCCUACCUAUGCCCAUCAGUUACAAAGAUCUGGAAAAAUGAAUCUGAUUUCCUCAAGCAAGAUAUUCAGUUGAAGGGAAACAGUAUUGUUGUAGGAGGUGAUGCACGUUGUGAUUCGAUGGGUCAUUCAGCAAAGUAUGGUAGCUACACAUUUGUAGACCUAAACAUCAACAAAGUUCUAGAUCUUGAGCUUGUACAGUCAAAUGAGGUUGCUAGUAGCUAUCAUAUGGAGCUUGAAGGACUCAAAAGAAUCAUGGCACGCAUGAAAGAAAGUCAACUGGACAUCUCUGCAAUAGUGACUGAUGGGCACAAGUCAAUCCAAAAGUGGCUUAAGGACAAUUGUAACAGUGUCAAUCACUAUUUAGAUGUAUGGCAUGUUGCUAAAGGUCUUUCCAAGAAAAUGGAUGCUUUGGCUAAGAGGCCUCGUUGUUCUCUUCUUGGCAAAUGGAUCAAGAGUAUCGUCAACCAUAUGUAUUGGUGUGCAGCUAGCUCUGAUGGUGAUGGGGAUUUAAUGCUUGCAAAAUGGGACUCUGUGGUUAAUCACAUCUGUGAUAUCCAUGAGGGGCACUCAGAACUUUUUCCAAAAUGCAGCCAUGAACCUUCAGAUGAUGACCCAAGGAAUUGGUUUCAGCCUGGAACAGAAGAAUACGAAAGGUUGAGUGAGCUCCUGCAGAGUACCCAUUUACGAGCAAGCAUUAAAAAACUUUCUCCAUGUGGACAGACUUCUGCUGUUGAAGGUUACCAUAGCUUGGUUAAUCAGUUUGCCCCUAAGAUGUACCACUUUUCUUUUCAUAGUAUGAAUGCAAGACUUAUGAUUGCUGCUCUUCAUUUCAAUGAGAAUGCUGGCCGUGCUCAGGCUGUUAACAAGGAGGGAAAUCUUGAAUACAAGAUCGUGUUCCCAAAGUAUAAGAAAGGUGGCACGAUAGUCAGAAGGAUUACAACCAAUUGUACAUAUGAUUACGUUGAAAAACUGUUUGGAGAGCUGAUGAUGAGAGCUGAAAAUGGUAUUGCUGAGCCUCCAGAGCAACGCAUGAAACCUUUGUGUAGUCAAAAGGAAACUGGGACAAAGAUUCUCAAAAGUAUAAAGUUUUUUGUUUUGCAAAGCAUCUGGAUAAAUCAACGACAGCAAAUCAUCAGAGGCAAUAGAGAAGAGUGCAGCAGUGACAGUGUUCCUUUGGUCUAUAGAGAAACAUAAGUUGAAAUAUAUAACAUAUGUUGGAGAUGGUGAUAAUUUGUCUGAUGGUGAGGUAGCAGAUGCUUGCAUGAAAUAAAAAAGGCAGUGAAUAUUUAGUCACCAAGGAAGAUUGAAUUGGGCAUAUUCAAAAAAGAAUAGCUCAAAGUUGAGAAUGUACAAAAAUAAGAUGAAAGCAAGCAAACUUCCAGAUGGCAUGAGUGUUGGUGGGCGAGGGAGAUUGACCGAUGUUGCAAUAGACUACAAUGUUGCAUACUCAUUGCAAAACUAAUAUGGGUAUGCAAAUAAAGGCAUUUUGAAGCUGACCCAAGAUGCAGUAUGGGCAAUAUAUUAUCAUAGUAUUGUUGGGGAAAAAUGAAACAUUAGAAAUCCAACAUAGAUUUUGCCCAAAAAGCUCUCUUUCGUGGUGCAAAUGGCAACAAACCAACAAAGCGAAACCAAAAUGUACCAUCAAAACAAAUGUCUUCCUGCUGUGUUUCGGUCAGAGCUUUUUGAAAGGUUAUCAAAAGAAGACCUUCUAAAACGUUGUUUAUAAGGGUUAACUCAAGGAUCGAAAUGAGUCCCUCAAUAAUGUUUUGUGGUCAUCAAGUAAAUGCGAAUACAAGAUCGAUGGCAUGUGAAUACAAGUAAGCCUUGUUGUUCUUACGUGUCUCUAUAUUACUUAUUACAAAUGAUUCUGUGCUCAUUUCGAUGAAAUUACACUAAAAACCGGCCGCUAGCAUUUUCGGAAUUGUAAAUGAAUAAUUCUAGAAAUCAUUUCAAAUGAUUUUAUGCUUAUUUGGGUGUAAUUACACUAAAAACCGGUUGCUUCAAGGAGUCGCUAUACCCGCCCUGAACGUGUUUCUCUCAAUGUUUUACCUCUUCGUAGUUUUGUGCUUAAAGGAGAACUGACACGCAAAAAUAAGUUUGGCUAAAACGGUAGUUUGUGACAAGCAAAUUCCGGGAUCGAAAAAUUUUUUUUAAUCACAGUUACCGUUUUUCAAAUACAGGCGUUUCAAGUUGAGAAACGACAAUUGUUCCGACAUCUUGAGACUCGAGGCGAAAAUCGUCACGAGUGGGCGAUCAUCUUUGACGUCACAAGUGACAUGUUCUCAGCACGUAUUGUGUUUCUCUAUAGAAACCUUUAACAAAAUGCUGCGGACAAAUGUUUAUCUUGUGCAUGUGAAAGGAGCUAAUUUUGCAUUUUUGACACAUAAUUGACUUUUUCAAUGGUUUGGGACUCGGAAUCGGAGUUUUAUUACACUGAUUUCGAAACAAAUGGAGAGUUUCAGCCGUCUGAAUUUUUGCUACCAACCAGCGCUGCCGCUUGGGCAGACAGUUGUCCCAUGGCUCAACAGUGACGAUGUUAUGAACAAAGAACAGACUGAGACUGGAAGUACAAACUGAUAUGGAAUUUCUAUUAAACACAAUGCUAUUGCUACAAUCUAAAUGAGAUCAGGUAUCGUAAAACUAGAAUUUCAUUUCAGAUUGAGGGGUCUUUGUCCAGACUGCUUUGUCUGUAUGGCCUAAUUCGCUAAAAUGCCUAUGAUGCCCUAAACGGAACUGCAAGUUAUUCAUUAUCAAUAUAGCAUUCUAUGAUUGUUUUUCCAUGUUUCAAACUCGUUUACUGUAUCGUGAUAUUAAAUAGUAAAGGCGGGUUGAAAGUCGCACUUGUGCGGAUUAUAUGCCAUUUUCACCGGACGUGAAGGUUUCGGGAACUGAUAAGUAACCUGGCAGUCGAAAAAUCUGGAUUUACGAAAUAGGCUCUUAGCUAUUAGCCAAAGAACUUGAUUUCUUAGUCGAAAAAAUGCUGUUUAGUUGUCAUAGGAAUAUCCACUGGCGCAUUAUCUUCUUUUGCAAACAAUUUUGACUUGGGUGGGGGAUGGUCUUUUUCUAGACUAGAUUAUUCCCUAGUAUCUCAACCUCUGUUAAAAUACAAUAAUCAAGAUCAGUGAAAUUAUUAUUUAGUCACACUUGCAGCUCCCAUCAAACAAGGUUUUUUCUUGAAUUCAUAUUUCUGCACCCUAAGCAGGUUGCAGGAUCGCUUUUACCGCUGUCUCCACUAGAUUUCGUUUGUCUUUUGUCUAUUGCUUCAACCCCCCCCCACCCCCAUAUUGCGGUUUUAUUUGUAAUUGUAAAAAUAAAAACUUUGAAGAAACGGUAUCAGUUUUCAAACAAAGUCGAUUCCUUUUUUCACAAGCUUUGAGGUUCUUUGAAUGUUUCGGAGCAUGCUGCUUCGAAGAUAUCAUGGCAUAAAAAUAAAUUUUAUGUGGAUAUUAGCGUCUUAUCAGAUAUGUAGCUAGGAUUUUCUAGCUUCUUUAUACUUAUAAAUGAAAUGCCUGACAAUUUUUUGUCUUUUUAUCGCAUACUUUUUUCAAUAAAACACGAAACUUCAUUUGUACUUUCACCGUUGCGGUCAAAGCCUUUACAACGGCAUUGUUAACAUGUCACUUGUGACGUCAACCGAGAAUUUUAACAACUCCUGGCGAUAAUCUUGUUUUCGCUUCGGGAAAUUCCCGAGUCCUGGCUGUGACGUAAUUGACGGAUAAAAGUGCAAAUAUCAGAAAAACGGCGAAUCUUAGAAGAAAACUUUUUGCAGAUUUGAAGUCAGCGACAAAUUUUGCAUCGAAUAAGCCAAAGUUAUUUUUGCGUGUCAGUUCUCCUUUAAAGGAAAAUGGAUUUGCUGUGUUGCUCGAUUAACAAGAACAAUUUCAAAUGGUUUUAUGCUUAAUUUGAUGAAAUUACACUAAAAACCGGUCGCUUACUGCUAGCCCCCGCCACGAACAGCGAAUUUUUACCUCUUCUCAUGGUUUUGUGCUGAAUAGAAGCUGGAUUGUUACGGUAGAUUGUGCCUGCAUCAUGUUUGGAAUUGUGAAUGAAUCAUUCUAGAAACCAUUUCAAAUGACUUUAUGCGUAUUUGGGCAAAAUUACACUAAAAAGCGGUUGCUAAAAGGAGUUGCUAGACCUGCCACGAACGUGUAAAAAAAUAUGGAUUGGCUGUAUUGCCCUCUAAUAAUAAAAUUUCAAAUGAAUUGCGCUUAUUUCGACGAAAUUACACUAAAAACUGUUCGCUUAAAGCGGUGACUAAACUCUCGGGGCGAGUGUUUUAUCGACUUCCUUAAAAAUUUGCUUUCAUUAAUCAUGGAAAAACAUCUUCAUUAUUGUUUUUGUUCUUCAUCUAGAUCAAAGAGCGUUUGCAGCAAUAAUUAGGACACAGAUGUGAUUCUUGGACCUUCGAAACAAAAUUGUUGGCAUUAAUGCUGGCGUUAAUUCGAACAAAGAAACAAGAGGAGAAAAUGACUAAAUCUAUGAAAAUUAGCUCUUGUUCAUAAAUUGUAUUUUGUUAAUUUGUUGUUGGACGAAACUUUGGCUGUCUUCUAUCUUUCAAUUUCUUAAGUGCUUUGUUGCUGCAGUGUUUCAAAAGCUGAUGAAGAUAAGAUACCAGAGCCUUAAAUGAAAUGUCUGUGAAAUUACUUCAAUUCUUUGGAGUUUAGAUCAGAAAAUGGUUAAAUUUUUUAUGAAUCAACAUACUUUUCAGAAAUUUUUAUUCUCAAGAAAUUUUCAGAUGACAUUUAUCUAAACGAGCACCAUGGACCAAUAACGGCUAACAGGAAUAUUUUGUUGGAAAUCUUUAAUGUUUGAUGCAGAAUAAACAGAGAGCUUUGAGCGUGGCCUGCAAUUAUGUCUUAAAAGAGCAUCACAAGCGAACAAAGAUUGAACGAAGUCUUUUAAAAUGAACAGUACAGCUUUAAAAAUAGCCUUAGGAAAUGUUUAUAAGCUCCCCAUAAGUCGACAAGGGCUAAGGGUAUAUGACUAGAAAAUUUUAAAAUUGUUGGAAAACUUUAAAAUUUUAUUCUGACUAAAAUGGAGAACUUUUAGGAACAACCCACGAAAUUGUGUCAAUGAGGAUUACUAAUUGGUGGGGGCUGGCAGAAGCAUGUGUACAUUUCAAUAAACGGAUAACUAGCCUCCAGUAAAUCCGGUGACACGAGCCUUGAAUGAACCUGGGCUUGCAAAUGUUUUUAAGCAACUUCCAACCCUGCCUCUACAUGACAAAAGUAAUGUAUCAAAUUGAUAGCAUGCAAAUUUUUAUUAAUGGAAGAUUAGCUCCACCACGAAGACUGCUACGCGGGCUUGCCAGUGGCCCUACGGUAGAGUAUGGAGAUUAGCCUUGGAAAAGGCAAGAGGUGUAUUACCCAAAUUCGAAAAAAAUUGGCUCUGCACAGGUCACGUGAUAAAAGAUUACUCCCACUCCUGUUACUAUCGCUAGGAAGGGGGGAGCCUCUAGCCCUUCUCUAUCUCAGGCAACCCCUGACUAGCGAUCCUCAACAAAACGUUCAAUGACUCCAAAAAUCGCUGAGGUGAAUUACGAUAUCUGACCAUGCUUUUGGAUUAUUCCACACCAGAUGAAAAGCCUUGACAGCAGCUCCAACUUAAAAUGUGAUGCGCGUGUAUGAUAUGUUGGAUUUCUUUGCUGGUUGUCUCGAUUUAUAGAAUAUUUCGAGUAUCGUGGAGUAUUCAGUAAUUGGGGUAGAAAUCGGAAGCAAGUAUGUCAUCAGUGUUGCUUUGCUAUGAGCCCGUUGAAAAAAAAGUGUACGAUCCACCUACAAACCUAGAGUUUUUCUUGUUGGCUGAGUUUAUAUAUCGCAUAGAUUUCCAUAAAAGCAGCAGCUUUGCAGAUAACAUCUCAGCAUUGGAAGGAGCUGGUCUGGCCUGUGCUUCAACAAAUGACAGUGGUUCUGCUUUUGAGUUGAAAUUGACUCGCUUGAGCGCAUUCUUUUUAGGGAGCUGGAUUGACCUUUGCUUUGUAUUCUGCUUAUAUUUUCUCGUCUCAUAACUGCUCAGUGGCGGCUCUUGCUAAUGGGCAUCUGGGGCAAUGCCCCCUCAGAAAGAUUCAAAGGAAAUCUAUGAUAUUCAUAUUUAAUUUUGAAGAUAGUCUUACUGUGGUUAAUUAUAUAAGUUUGUAUCUCUUCUAGAAAAACCUCCUUGAUAUCCCGUCUCGUCCUUAGCCUCGCUUCUGGCCCGCUAGUGCCUUGAGCGAUGAUGUCAUUUUACGGGCAAAGUUUUUUUUGCCCCUAGCCGACAUGCGCACAAGCUAAUUUUCGACCUCAAGCAUUGCGAAACGGGGCCUGUGAUUGGCUUAUUUGGAGGAAUUCGGGGCAAGAAAAAUUUUGCCCAUAAAAUGACAUCAUCGCUAAACAACAACCACAUCUAUAUGUGCUUUUUCUUCUGCGCUCCAUGACGAUCAACAUCGAACCAUGAAUACAGUGAAAAAUUUGCAAACUCUACCUUUCUAUCAAUUAUCGCAAUAUUGAUGGUCUGCCCUCCCACCUGUAUAAGUCACGAGCCGCCACUGUAACUGCUGCAGGGAAGUCCUCUUGAAAUGCUAUGCCUGGUGUAUUGUGAAUGGGGCCAGCAUCCGAUGUUGUGUCGAUAUUGCAAUCAGAAUUAUCCAACCAAAAUAUUGUUGAAACCUGAAAAGAUUAAAUAUUUCAUUGAAAAUUUGAUUUUUGAGACUUUAUGUACUUCAAUGGGAUGAAGCAUAUAUGUAAGCAUAUCAAGAAAGUAAACAAUUUUAUAUGUUAAACAAAGAUUUGCAUGUCUUUCUUAAGGCUCUAAAUUCCAUGAAUUGUAGUAUAUACAAUAAUAAUUGGUAGAGGAGUUGUAGCAGUUACACAAUUAUAUUUAAACACACAAAAGAGAAAGAGUAUUUAAAUUAGAUUGUUCUUUCUUCAGACAUGCUGCAGAAGAAAACAUGGUCAUCCUCUCAUCAGCCUUCUUGGUGGCCUGAAAGCUUAGAGUUUAAAUCCCCCAACAAAAGACCACACUUUUCAGUAGAAGAACUACAAUGCCUGCCAAAAGUACUUGGAACACCCACCAAUUUACGCUGCAUUUGAUAUCUUUCAUUCCUUUCAUGAAAAAAAUUUGCUACUUCCGCCCCCUUCCCCCUCAAACAAUGUUGAUGAUUUAGAGAAAUAUCAUAAAAGAAGCGCAAAAGAAAGUGCUUCCUAAAAUCCUAAUCCGUUUGAUAGUAAACCAACAUUGUUCCGUGGGGAGAGGGGGAUGAUUGGUUUUGACCUUGGAAAUUGAUGUCAGUGUUCCAAGACUUUUGGCAGGCAUUGUCUGAAAAUUUUCUCGAAAACAGCAAUCUGCGAUAUCAAAACAUUGUGCUACCCUAGGGUUUUCGAUGGUGCUGAUCUCACUGCUACUAAUUAAAAUUCGAAAUUUUCACUCUUUACACAGUUAAAAGGGGGGGAGGGGGUUGGGACUCUGAACGAUUGAUAUAGUAGAUAUCCGAGUAUUGUUAUUUGUUACAAAAAACAUUCUACUGAUUUUUUCCGUCAAUAUCAUUUAAAUCAUUAUUGAAAACAAGUAUUUUGUGCAGAAUUCGAUCAUCGGUUUAAGAAAUUUAUCAAUUUUCAAAGGAAAAACAGUACAGUUUAGUACCUUUGAAAAAGUGUUUUUUUCUGAAAAGUCCCCUUAUUUAUGGUUUAAUUAUUGAUGAAAAAACAAAAAAAUUCAUGAGAAUGUCUACAAACCAUACAUGAUCUAAAUAAUUGCGAACAACAUGCUGGUGAGAAACUGUUCAAAUGGCUCAAUUUUAUCCACCAUAACCCUCCCAAAACCAUCUACGAAUUUAAUAAAUUUGCUUAGGCUAUGCUCCUUCGCAUUCACAUGUGGCAACAUGGUAGCGCUCAUAGACACCCCAUUCCCUAUUAUUUUCUAUCUUCCCUUGUCCCAGUAAUUGGAAAAUGGUUGUGCCAAUUAUAAUUGUUCGUUUUCCAUUGUUAAAGUAUGCUAGGAAUUGAAAGAACGCUCCUUUCCUAAUGGGCACGUGAUGUAGUAUGAAAAUGCCUAUUGCCAAUGGUUACCAACGGUCUACAGCCACGGUCUACACAUUUAAAAUGUUUAUAAAAAUCGUAUUUUUCAAAGAAAGUAGACGAAACCUCGUCAGUAGGUGUGCAUGGCUAGUAUAAAAAAUAUUGUAGGUUUUCAGAUCGAUACAAGUUGUAAAACUGAAGAAAUUCAGGAAAGUGUCAACGGUCUACACUCUCUGAGAAUUGAAUUUGAAGUACUCUAGAUCUUAUUCUCCUUUUGAGUGUAGACCGUGGGAUUUUCGUCAUAUUUUGCCCUUUUCUUCAUGGAAUUCAUACAAAGGUUAAUUUUAUCUUUGAGGGGUAUUAUUAUACACCUUUUGGGUGAUUUUGGGGGCAAACCUCCCCCUGACAAGUCAGAAAAUUGCGAAGAAACAGCCACGGUCUACACAACGGUCUACAAGCGUUCAUUUCCGAGGGUGAGAGUUGCCUUGCGGGGCCUUGUCCUUCACAUCGACGCGCGCUACAUUCGAUGAAAUAAGAUAUUUUGUUAUGGCAAAUGUCAAGCAAACAUAUACAGCAAUCAAUUAACGAUGAAAUAAUCUGCCUUGCGCUUUAUGAAGAUAAAUAUAGCAGGUAGAGUCUAACUUAAAGGCCAUUUUGGCAAUGCAGUAACA